AUGUCCCCCAGAAUCGCCAUCAUCGGCGCCGGCCCCGCUGGCCUGACCAUCGGCGCCGUCCUACACAAACACACCAUGCCAUUCACCAUCUUCGAGCUGCGCCAGAAACCAACAGACGAAGAACUAUCAAGGCCAUCCGGGAUGCUGGAUCUCCACGAGGGAUCCGGCCUCGCAGCCAUCCGCGAAUGCGGCCUCUACGACGAAUUCCUCAAACACACAGGCGACUGCGCCGAGACACAAAAAGUCGCAGAUAAAGACGGUAACAUUCUCUACAGCGAUGACAACGACGGCAACAACCGACCAAGUGACCGGCCCGAGAUUGCCCGCCACGCCCUGCUUGCUAUUCUCAGCACAAAAGUACCAGAAGACUCCAUCAAAUGGGGCCACAAGCUCCUGUCCGCAAGACCUACCGGCAUUAGCACAGAGACAGAGCUUGACUUCGGCCCCCAUGGCAAACACACAUUCGACCUUGUCAUCGGCGCAGACGGCGCGUGGUCGGCCGUCCGCGCCCUCCUAACGGAUAUCCGACCGCACUACGCAGGAAUCCAAAGCAUCACGCUGACCAUCCAGAACAUCAGCACGCGGUAUCCGCACCUGGCAGCGCUGAUUGGGCGCGGGAGUUUCUUGUCGCUUGGGCUCCGGCAUGGGGUGACUACGCAUCGUGGACCGCGGGAUUCAGCGCGCGUGUAUGUUUUCCUCACGGCGGAUGAGCGGUUUGGUGGUGAGGGGGUGCGAGUGGCCAGCGUAACCAAGGAGGAGCUGCUAAGUGACGAGGCCCUGCUAGGGAGGUUUGGUGACUCUGUGAAGGAGUUGGUGGCUGCUGGUGUUGGCUGCGAUGAGACAGCGGACCAGCCUGCUGGAGCGGUUGAUGUCAAGCCGCUGUAUAUGCUGCCUAUUGGGGCUGCGUGGGAGCACAAGCCUGGUGUGACGAUUGUCGGGGACGCGGCGCAUCUGAUGUGUCCGUGGGCUGGGGAGGGGGUUAACCUUGCGAUGUGUGAUGCGCUGUUACUGGCGAAGGGCAUUGUGAAGGCGUGGGACGCUGGGCAGGAUGUUGCGAUGUUCCAGGCUGCGCUGGAUCCGUUACUGAGGCGGUUUGAAGAGGAUAUGGUGGCGCUCGCGAAGGAGAAGGCAGUGGAGACCGUUAGCAAUGGACAGAUGAUGUUUGGGGAGGAUGGAGCGAAUGGUAUGGCCGGCUUCUUCUUGAGCAUGGGACAGGGACAGUGA